ACAGCAGUGCACUACUCAGCGCAACAAUGUGGUUUCACACCAUGGUUCAGUUUAGACAAAGUCUAAAAGCAAUCCUGACACUCUACUUCAUAUAUACACUCACACCAAGCAACGCUGACAUGGUAGCGGUCAAUAGUAAGCAGCUUCCAAGGACAUUGGAAAGAGAUCUCCGAGGUGCCAGCUUCCAACGAGAAUUCCACAGACAAAUCAACCUGCUGCACGCGCUGGGACAGAAGCUUUCGGAGAAAGUCAACAAGUUGCGAGAAGAAGAACAAAACCAGCAGGAAAGGCCGACAACUACAUCCACCAAGUUUUGGUGUUUUUUCAAUGUUGUCGCCUGCUACUGAUGAGACCUUUGCACAAUUUGGUGUUCAUUUUAGAAAUAAACACAAAGUCACGUGAACAUUUAGAUGACAGUAGACAAUAUUUACAAUUUGUUUUU